AUGAACUCAAAAUAUCCACCAUACAUAAACGACAACACAACCCCACCCACAAUCUCAUUACGUGACUACGACGAAGCAGAAUGGGCCGACACGACAUGUGUUGAUUUUAAACCUGAUUCACAAAGUUAUGUUAUUGUUGAUUUAGACCAAACUGAUUAUAUCGUGGCUCAUAUUGAUACAAGUGAUAAUAAUGUAUUGGAUAUUAUUUUUAGGAGUGCUAAGGAAACACACUCUAAGCAACAACAGCAGCAGCAGUAG